AGUAUGCCUUAAAACUUUAUUCUAUAUUCUCUGCUUCUUAAGGACUCCCCCUUUCCCCUGUUCUUUCCCUGUUAUAUAUAAAUUACGCGUAAGUUGUUGUAGGAAACACUCAAUCCUUUCCAUCAUUAGUUAAUCUCAAGCUCGAUCUUCAUCCCUAAAACCUUAGCGCGCGCUUCAGGCUAUUUGUAUCAGAAAAUGGCACUGAUGUCAAAAAGAAUGGGGCCUGUAAUCUGUCUUUUGAUCAUGGUUAUGGAUAUUGUGGCCGGGAUACUAGGCAUUGAAGCUCAAGUCGCUCAAAACAAGGAAAGGAAUAUGAGAGUGUGGAUAUUCGAGUGUAGGGAACCGAGUGAAGCAGCUUACAAGCUUGGAUUGGCAGCUUGUAUAUUGCUAGCAAUAGCUCAUAUAAUUGCUAAUGUACUUGGUGGAUGUGUUUGCAUAUCAUCUACAGAAGAGUAUACUAGAUCCUCCCCUAACAAACAAAUAGCUGCGGCUUCUCUUAUUUUCUCUUGGAUUAUAUUGUUCAUCGCCUUCUCCCUACUCGUUCUAGGGACAGUAUCGAACUCAAGAUCAAGACAAACUUGCGGAUUCUCACACAAACAUUUAUUUGUGAUAGGAGGGAUCCUUUGUUUCGUUCAUGGAUUGUUUCUUGUUGCUUACUAUGUUGGUGCAAGUGCAGCUAGAGCUGAAGAUGACCAUAUAUUCAAGCAACAAAGACCUGCUGGUCCCUUCCCACUUCCUGUCUAAAUAUUUAUUCUUUCCCUCAUUUUUUUUCCAGUGUUAUUAUUCUCUCCAAUUUGUUAAACUUAAGGGGAUAAUUGUUUGGCCCUCUCCCGCUUUUGACUUUACUUAAUUGCACAUGUAAUUGACUACUUGCCUAA